AUGUUCAUAGCUAACGCAAGAUACAGUGCCAAAGAUCUCCCUGAGCACACAUACAACUUAAAUCUGCGAUUGCAGGCCGAGUAUCCUCAUAACGGAUGCCCAGGCACAAUGUCUGUUCCCGGUAUGGAUAGUGACUUUCAGCUGUUUUCUUCUCAUCGGCAACCUGGUGGAGGGGAUGCCCGAUUUCAGCAACAACAAACUGAGAAUCACAACCAAGACUGGACUCAAUGGAUGCGAUGGGAUGAACCGAUGUUCACAGAGGGUGAUCAAAAGCAUGUCGACCGCCCAAUGGAACCCCCAUUCGUCUCCCCCCACACUAGCAUGAGCUCUUCUCCCAACCAACUUCAACAGAUCGACUUCUCACCGCAACUUCCACUUGGGCUGAUGGAGAUUCCAUCAAACUACAGCCAACAGAGAAACUCAAUUGUGUCCAAUUAUCAGGGCCAGACAGGCCUGGUCUCUCCCAUCUCUAGUGUCGGGGUAAGCCGAAAGCGAAAGACGGGCAGUGAUGACGAUGCUACGACUGUGACCGGCCCCGUUCAGCCUGGUAAGAAAAUGCCGGCGAAGAAGCGGGCUCACAACGUCAUUGAAAAACGAUAUCGAGCAAAUCUGAAUGAGAAAAUCGCCGAACUACGUGAUAGCGUGCCAAGUCUACGAACAACGAAGAACAACAACGGGGACUCCAACGAGGAUGACGAGGAUGCAGAAGGCGCUCAGUCUGCGAGCAAGUUGAACAAGGCCUCCAUCUUAUCAAAGGCAACCGAAUACAUCAAGCACUUGGAAAUUCGGAACAAGAGAUUGGAGGAUGAGAAUACCGCUCUCAAGAAUCGUUUACGACAAGUCGACAAAGCAGCCGACCAAGCUGUUACAUCUGCCGCCUCAGUUUCAUCACCUAGCAAUUACGGUGCUUCUAGUGAUUCCAACGCUGGCACAUCACCCAGUGUUUUCUCCCAGCCAGAGGAGAUUGAUAGUAGCUCUCCUGGUGCGUCGGCCUCGCACCCUCCGGAGGGCCUGAUCAAGGUCCCUGAUGCUUUCAAGCGGAUGCGUGAAGAAGGCAAGAAAGGCAUCUUUGCAGAGUCAUACAUGAAAUCUUCUCCUCGGGUGACUGGUGUCUCUGACUAUGGCCGUGGAAAUGGAAAUGGAUCCCGAAGCCGUUCCAAGUUACCCAACAAAUAUAUGCUUGGAGCUUUAGCCGGCCUGAUGGUCCUUGAGGGCUUUGGUUCGGAUGAAUCCGAGACAGAGGAGAAAGGACUCCUUGCUCUUCCUCUGAACCUCCUCCGCCGACUACAGUCACCUAGUCUUGCUCACUGGGAGUACUACCUUAAAAGCUUCCUGUCCUCCUCCCAUGCGCGAGCAAUUUCUCAUAUCCUUCUUCUGGCAACUUUGGUUGUCGGAAGUGCGUUCAUAGUUUUCGUUUAUCUUUUCAAUGCUCAACCAGCCACACAGCGCAGCUCACCAAAGGUUCUCAGUGAGGGUCAAAAUGGCGCUCCCACAUCGAGUGACUUUCGGCGCCAGGCGUGGCUUACCAGCAUGCAACGAGUUGGUGUACCGCGUCAUCGGUUCUUCCGCGAGUGGUAUGUGGUAACAUCUCGCUGUUUUGAAUAUGUUCUACGCUGCUUAAUGGGUUGGAAAAUAUAUUCUUGGGUGACGGGAAUUACCGAGGAAGACGAAAGGGGCCGGGUGAAGACAUGGGAUAUUGCCAUCGAUGCCCAGCUUACCGGAGGCGAUGCUGAAAUCACAAAAAGUCGCCUGGUCCUCACAAUAUUUGCGGCUGGCACGCUUCCUAGCAGCCCUAUGCGGAUGAUGUUGAAAGCUUUGCAUGUCCGAAUCCUCCUUUGGAGAGUCGGAGAGACCGGGUCCUGGUCUUUCCGUGUAUCUAAUGACAUUGGCCGUGCUCUUGCGAACUACCAAUGGGGCGUCGCAAGAGAAAUCAACAACGCGCUUCCAGAGGGCCAUCCCGACCAGGUUCCAAGCCACCUUGCCGAACUGCUUAAGCUCGAAUGUGAAGAUGUUAUGAUUGAUGCCAUCACCCAGCGCGCCGUCAACCUCACCUGGAAUCGACCAACACAGGAAGGUACCGGAGACGACGAGGUUCUUCUUGAUGUUGUUGAAGAGGACCCUGCCAUUCAAUGCUCCGUCGAUGCUCUGGCAGCCUGGUGGUCUAGCCAUCUUCUCCAAACUGCGCUCCUCAAGUAUAUGGAGGCCAGUGAGGGAGGACCGGUCUUCAAGGCUAGUCGUGACGCUUUCAAGGAAAAGAUUCGCAUGGCUCUUGUAGUCGCUCCCCGACUUUCCGCCGCAUACACUCGAGCCCUCGUUAUGAAGGCCGUUUUCUUCGACCAGGAUCGUAUCCAGAAUGUCGGUGCUGUGCUAGCCACCCUUCCCAAGGAUAAGCGUAAGGGUGAAUGGAGCCAAGCUGCCAACUUCCUAGACUCCUCACUCCCAAUCUCAGUUCGGGACGAGAUCUCCGUUGCCGUUCGCUGCGCCAUGAUCGCUGCCAUUAUCACGGCGCGAUCCACCGGCGAUACUUCUCUUCCGGACUCAUUCACCAUUCAAAAGGCGAUCAACAUGUUCAAUCAGCUGCCUAUUGAUCCUGUUGAACUAAGCUUGCUUGGCUUUUCCGCCGUGUAUCAUUUGCUACAUCUACUGGCAUCUGACGUCGAUUACAUCGUUUCUUCUGACUCAUCAUCGCCUUCAGAGCCUGUCUCCGGGGCAGCAUCCUCCGCAGACGAUGAAGCUGACGACAAGCCUCGAAUCUCUCGCAAACUCGCCGUCUGCCCCCGGGACAUUCCCAACGUGGGUCGGGUAGCCGCACAACUGAUAUACUGGUCACGCAACGCAUACAACCCGGCUUUCUACGGAUUUUCCUCGAGUCUUGUUGAUGUCAUCGUGAAUUCCUGCACAGUCGUCUGCCAAAAUGCCGGCGUUAGUGUGGAUGAUUAUCUACAAGCGCCAUCUGAACCUAUGCCCUCUCGAAAGAGACGAUCCCGCCGUCGCCGCGGAGUCUCCGAGCAGUCCUUCCAAAGUGAUGCAGACCAAGACUCAAUUGAAACGCUUAUGAGCAAGCCCCUACGUCGCGAACGAUCGGCUAGUAAUGAUACAGGCUAUGGAAGUCUCAGUCUCGAAGAGGAUGGCCAAUCUAUCCCCAGCAUUCCUGAGAACGUUCAGGAAGUCUCGGCGUGA